AUGUUAGACAUAACACCAAAAGCAACUCGUAGUGACCCAGCUGCGCCUGUUGUUAGUUUACCUGCGUUUGGAUUACCUGCUGCUGCAGAUGCUACCAUAACAGGAACUGUAGAACUACCAUUUAAUGAUAAAGACGAUAAGCUCAUUAGAUCACCAGUAGCAGUCGUAAUAUCAACAAAACCUAUCCAGUUCUUUGAAGAUGGGAUGGAGAAUUGCACCACUUUGCGUUGUAGGCCACCCAAGCGUGUUUGUUGCUGUAAUCGCUGUUCCAGAGGCAUCAGAGGUACCGGUUUGCUGUGGAUUCCAAAUUAG